AAAUAAUGGGGAAAUGCUGAAGACGCCUGCGCCGAGUGUGGACAGAGUGAAGGUGGCGGUCCGAGUCCGGCCUUUUAGCCAGAGAGAGAAGAAUUCUGGGAGCAAAUGUGUGAUUUCCAUGCAUUCCAGAACCACUACCACUAUCCAAGACCCUAAAAAUCCAGAACACAUGAAGACGUUUACUUUUGACCUGGCAUAUUGGUCUCACGAUGGCUUUCAAAGGGAUAAAGAUGGUGUGUUUAUUUCGUCGGAUCCUAGCAGUGCAUUUGCAGGCCAGGGAGAGAUUUUCCAGGACCUCGGCAGAGGGAUUCUGGACAGUGCGUGGCAAGGCUACAACGCUACUCUGCUGGCCUACGGCCAGACGGGCUCCGGCAAGAGCUACUCCAUGCUCGGGUUUGGCGCGAACAAGGGGAUCAUCCCUAACGUGUGUGAAGAGCUCUUUCGAGUGACUGGGAACCGGGCGCGAGACCGAGAGUACCAGGGAUGUGUUACAUUCAGUAUGCUGGAAAUUUACAACGAACAGGUAAGAGAUUUGCUGUCGGGAACCAAGAAACGCGGAGGACUCAGAGUGAGGGAAGAUCAGCAGCUGGGCUUCUACGUGGAUGGUCUGAGGUCCGUGCCUUGCGACAACUACGCGCAAAUUGAAAGGCUGAUGGAACAAGGGACAAGAAUCAGGACCACGGCUGCCACCAACAUGAACGCCCGCAGCAGCAGAUCACACAUGGUCAUCACCAUUCAGGUGAAGCAGGUUUUCCUAGACAGAGACUUCACCAAGCAAUCCAGUAUUAAUUUGGUGGAUUUAGCAGGCAGUGAGCGGCAGAAAUCUUCAGGAUCCGAAGGAGACAGACUGCGGGAAGGAUCACGAGUUAACCUGAGUUUAACCAACUUAGGAAAUGUUAUCAGUGCUCUGGCUGAGGCAGCCACAGGGAAGACAGUGUUGCACAUUCCUUACAGGGACUCUGUCCUGACCAAGCUGCUCCAGUCGGCUCUGGGCGGGAACAGCAGAACUGCUUUGCUAGCAGCCAUAAGCCCGGCUGACAUCUGCUACGAGGAAACUUUAUCAACGUUAAGAUACGCUGAAAGGGCUAAAAAGAUCCAGAACAAAGCCGUGGUCAACACCUCCACCCUGAGGAGACAGUCAAGGGCAGAGAACACGCUACUGCUCGUGCUGCGGACCUGCCCUCACCUGCGCAACGUCAACGAGGACGCGCAGCUCUCCGGGGCUCUCCGGUUCGUCAUCCGCGCGGGUACGCGGCCCCGGCCCGCCCCCCGGCCUCCCCCGACCGCAGCCCUUAGAAUUUCAGAUACACACGUGACCUUCACAAAUUCGGAUGGCCAAGUGACUGUCACGCCACACAGCGGGUGCAAAGUGGCUGUCAACGGGGUGCCCGUCGCGACCACGACCAAGCUGCAGCAUCUGGACCGCAUCAUCCUGGGGUCCAGCAGCGCCUACCUCUACGUCGGAUUUCCUUCCGAGCGCGGCGGCGAGGACUUGAGCAGGUUCGACUAUGACUUCUUCCAGCAGGAGAGGGCGGCCGCGGAGGGCGUGAGUGUGCAUAAGCUGGGUGCCGUGAGCAAAGGCGAUGGGCGAGCAGAACCCAGUGUCCUGGCCGUGUUCCAGGACUACAUCAAACUGAUGCCGCUGGUGGCAGAAGCAAAUCAGAUGAGCGACGAGCUGAAGAAGGGACUUAAAUUGGAAUUGAAGGUGAAGAACUUGGCGUCGUCAGAUUCCAGGGGGUGUGACCUGCAAAAGGAGGUGAUGGUGAAGGUCACCCACCAGGUGACUCACGCGGUGUGGAUUUGGUCAAAAGCCAAGUUUAUCAAUAGGAAAUUCCUCAUGGAGGAACUGUACCAGCGCUUCCUGGACGGAGAAGGGGGCGGCGUGGCUCUGGAGGACGACCCCUUCUGGGACCCCCCGGAGGCCGUGCCCCUGGGCUCCGCCCACAUCUGGCUGCAGCCCCUGGCUCACUGCAUGAAGCUGGAGGAGCAGGUGGAGUUUCUGAACUGCGACGGGCUGGACGAGGCGGUGCUGUGUAUCCACAUAACGCCCUGCUCCCCGACGGGACGGCCCUGCGCUGAGGACGACGUGGUCACCGACCCCUUGAAGCUGCUGGGCAAGAGGAUGGACUUCCAGAUUCGCAUCGUGCAGUGCCUCGGCACCAAGUGGCUAAAGGCGGACGCAGCGCGGGGUGUGCAGAUGGGAUACAGAGUUUAUGAUCUUCCACGCAGUCUGUACACCCGGCCUGUAUGGAAAACGGUGAAUCCCCAAAUCCAAGAGACUGUCCAGUUUACGGCCUUCCACGCCUCCCGGCAUUUUCUGAAUUACUUGCAGACACAUGCUCUCAUUGUCGAGUUGUGGGGCCUCCAAGAAGGCUGUGUGGAGCUGGGCUGCUCUCGGGCUGACUUCACGGUCACAGGUGAAGGCCACAUCGUGGUGGACGCCGAGAACACGGCCGCCGUGAUGGAGGCCGGCCCGAUGGCAUCGGACCAGCUAUCAGAACUCAGUCUGAAGCUGCUCGGCCUAGAGCAGGAGACAGAACUGCUUCGCAACAUCAACAGAGCCCUCCGGGAGGAAAACGUGCGGCUCAGAGAAUCCCUUGGGGGAGCUGCUUCUGGGCAGCAAGCACCCAGGCCUCCCGAGACCCUGGAGGCCGGCGGGGUGACCACGCACAUGGCCACGGCGCAGGCCGGCUGCGACCGGGAACUCGCCAGGGCGCUCCAAGCCUUCUACCAAAGCAUGAGCGCGGCCCGAGGGCAGCUGCUCACACUGAGGCGCCACAAACCUCCCGAAGAUGAUCAAAUGCUUCGACCAUUUGUACACCGACAGUCACAGAUCUUAAAGGACUUCGGGGAGCUGUUAGAAUCCAGCUUGUGGAAACUGAAAAAUGAUGUUGCCCUUAUAGUGAAAAAGAAGAGAGAACACUUGCAGCACCCCCAGUAACCAGCUGAACACCAGUUUGGGUGCUGCUGAUUAUUUUUGCUGCCAAUGGACUUUCUUCACGGUCGGAUGAACCGGAAACUACAUAUCCACUUAGCCGUUUCCCACUUAACCUGUUUCUUUUUUUUUUUUUUUUCAUUUUAAACAAGAAGUUUAUUUAAACAACAAGACGCGUGAUGUGAAGGGAAAACUACCUAGGAUUCAUUUCUUUUGGAGUAAUUUAUCCCCACUUGAAGCAGAUUGUCCGACAGGGA